AUGACGUCGAGUGAUCCGACUGAAACCGAAACGACUCCGUGGACAACUUCAGGAGAAACGUGUGACGGUAAGCCCCGCCCCUAAAACCAUGCCGCAUUAUUUUUCUCACAGAAACCUCUUCAAUCGGUUCAUCUGACACCAAUUACAACAUCCAAUCAUUGAACACUUGUAAUUCGUCAGCAAAAGGUUCAACAACUUCGGUUUUAUGUGGUCGAGAUUUGACUGAAGAGGAGAUAAAGUGGCUCGAAAUGGCGAAAGAAUACACGAAAAAUGAGAAGCCUUUCAAAAAUUCGAGUGUUGUGAGUUUUUCAACCUCGGAACCAGGGUUCGAGUCCGGCUGUCCGCAAUCUUUUUUUUCCAGGGCCGCAAAGUUGUUCGAAAAUUCCAAGCGAUUCUUCCGGCCAAAAGCAAAUUGUCUUUCACCGUUUUGCGCAGAAAAGUGAGUUUAUCCCACACAACUGAAAUUCCUCCAUAAAUUCUGAAAAUUUCAGUUCAAUGGCCGUCAAGAUGUCAAAGAUUUGCGCGAUGAAGAUCAAACAACAUCCGAUGUUUGA